CUCUUUAGUUGCUUCCACCACCUAUCCAAGAUGCAGAAGCCUGAAUUGGAGACGCCUGAAUUGAGGAAGCACCAGGUUCUUCCUUCGUUGAUAGUGCCUGAAAAUGUCCAGAUCAAGUCCACACAGCUCUUGUGCAAAAACUCCUCCUUCUUAAAGCCUUACAUAUGGCCCUUUUUCACUAUAUACCCUUUUUUUUGCAAUAUUUACUUCAACACUGAAAAGUACAACAGGUAUAUUGGUGGUUCAGAAUGGACAUUUGUCUACAUAACUGCUCUUCUAACGAUCCAUGGCAUUAUUUUUUUGGCUCCCUUUUGGUCAAUAAAUCUUGAUUCUGUUUUCAACUACACAAAAUUGAACAAUAAAAUUGACCAUCUAGGUAUCGCCACUCACAUAAUGAUUUUUCCAAUUGAAAAUCAUGGUUCUGGUGAAAUUGUUCCUUUGAAUUAUAACAAUGUUUAUCUCAAUGGUAAUGAGAUCAGCCAAAUCUCGUUUUUGUUCCAGAAAAGAAGGUUUAUAUUUGACAGUUCAUCAAACCUUUUUGUUCCUCCUCUCUUCAAGAUUGAUGAUCCAGAUACUCUCAUCUCAGAUUUUAAAAAUUCUUCUGGUUUGCUUAAAAACGAUCUUUCAACGUUGUUAUUAAACUAUGGUCAAAACAAAUUUGACAUCCCUGUUCCAACCUUUGGCGAAUUAUUCAUUGAACAUGCUACAGCUCCCUUUUUUGUAUUUCAGAUUUUCUGCAUUGGUUUAUGGUGCAUGGACGAAUUUUGGUAUUUUUCUUUCUUUAAUCUAUUUAUGGUUGUAACCUUUGAAUGCACCACCGUUUGGCAAAGAAGAUCAACUCUAUUGGAAUUUAGAUCAAUGUCCAUCAAACCCUUUAAACUAUACUGUUUCCGUUCUUUAGAAUGGGUUGAAAUUGAUUCAUACGAUUUAUUACCAAACGAUCUAGUCUCUAUAACCAGAUCAACUAACGAUGAAAUUUCAAUUCCUUGUGACUUGGUUCUCAUCAAUGGAUCUGCAAUCGUUAAUGAAGCAAUGCUUUCUGGUGAAUCAACUCCUUUAUUGAAAGAAUCAAUUGAAUUAAGACCAAGCAAUGAUAAAUUCGAUCCUGAAGGCUAUGAUAAAAACUCAAUUUUACAUGGUGGUACCAAAGUCUUGCAAAUUACUCAAUCUCAAAAUAAAAAUCCAGAAUCUCACAUUCCAAAUCCUCCAGAUAAAGGUGCUUUAGCUGUUGUAGCUAAAACCGGCUUUGAAACAUCUCAAGGUUCCUUGGUUAGAGUUAUGAUUUUCAGCGCAGAAAGAAUUUCAGUUGGUAACUGGGAAUCCUUUUUCUUUAUCUUAUUUUUACUAGUAUUUGCCGUUAUAGCUUCUUGGUAUGUCUGGGUUGAAGGUACUAAAAUGGGUAGAAUUCAGUCCAAAUUAAUCUUAGACUGUAUAUUAAUCAUAACCUCGGUGGUUCCUCCCGAAUUGCCAAUGGAAUUAACAAUGGCCGUUAACACCUCUUUAGCUGCUUUAGCCAAAUAUUACAUCUAUUGCACUGAACCCUUUAGAAUUCCAUUGGCUGGAAGAAUUGAUGUUUGUUGUUUUGAUAAAACUGGUACUUUAACAGGUGAAAAUUUGGUAUUUGAAGGUUUAGCUGGUUUUAAUCCAAGUGACACAAGACAUUUGUUCCAAUGUAAAGAGGCUUCAAACAUUACCAACUAUAUUUUAGGUUCUGCUCAUGCUUUAGUUAAACUAGAUGAUGGCGAUAUUGUUGGUGAUCCAAUGGAAAUUGCCACUUUAAAGGCUUCAGGUUGGUCAUUAUCAAAUACUAAAAACGUAAUUGAAAAGGACUUGAAAUAUCUUUUAAAGAAUAAAAUCAUCACUCAAGUGACUUUUGAAAAAUUGAUUAAAAACGAAAUUGAUAAAACUCCUUAUCUUGAUCAAAUUAAGAUUUUAAGAAGAUUCCAAUUCAGUUCUGCUUUAAAGAGAUCCUCAACAAUUUCGAAAAUUCAAAAAGGCAAAAUAUUGGUGUCAGUUAAAGGUGCUCCAGAAACUAUUCGUUCAAGAUUAAUUAAUGUUCCCGAAAACUAUGAAGAAAUUUAUAAAUCAUUUACAAGAUCUGGAUCAAGAGUCUUAGCAUUGGCUUAUAAAUUACUAGAAGACAAUAUUUCCAUAAAUAAAUUGAAUAAUAUUAAAAGAGAUGACAUCGAAAAUAAGUUAAUCUUCGGCGGGUUUAUAGUUUUUCAUUGUCCAUUAAAGGAUGAUGCAAUUGACACUAUUAAUAUGCUUAAUAAUUCAUCACAUAGAUGUGUUAUGAUUACAGGUGAUAAUCCAUUAACAGCAGUUCAUGUUGCCAAACAAGUUAAUAUUGUUGACAGAGAAACAUUAAUUUUAGAUUUACCAGAGGACCACCAUAUUAAUGAAGAAGAUGAAAAUGAUGUUGAACUAGUUUGGAGAAAUGUAAAGGAGACCAUUGUUAAACCAUAUCAUUCAAAAAAUGAAAUCGAUGAAUCAAUAUUCAAAAAUUAUGAUAUUUGUAUAACUGGGUAUGCAUUAGAUAAACUAAUAAAUCAUCCACAGAUUUUGAAAUUGAUUAGGUAUACAUGGGUUUAUGCAAGAGUUUCACCAAAUCAAAAGGAAUUUAUUUUAAACUCAUUAAAGGAACUAGGAUAUAAUACAUUAAUGUGCGGAGAUGGUACAAAUGAUGUUGGUGCAUUAAAACAAGCACAUGUUGGUAUUGCAUUAUUAAAUGCUACAACCCAUGGCAUGAAAAAAAUAGCAGAAAAUAAAAAAAUUGAAACAAUGAAAAGAGUUUACGCUAAACAAUGUGAUUUAAUGAAAAGAUGGAAUCAACCUGAACCACCAGUUCCACCAUUAAUUGCACAUUUAUUUCCACCUGGACCGACAAAUCCACAUUACUUGAAAGCAAUGGAAAAACAAGGAAUUGUUAUCACUAAAGAAAUGAGAAGAUUAGUCGCUGAGGCUUCUAAAAAAGUUGUUGGACCAGUUCCAACCAUUAGUAAUAAUCCACAACAAAAAGCAGGGGAAAUCGUUGAAACUUUAAUGGGAUCAUUGCAAGAUGAAAAUGAAGAUGAAGCACCAACUUUGAAAUUAGGAGAUGCAUCAGUAGCUGCACCAUUUACAUCUAAACUUGGAAGUGUUUCAGCGGUUACAAAUAUUAUUCGUCAAGGUAGAGUUGCAUUAGUUUCGACUAUUCAAAUGUAUAAAAUUUUAGCAUUAAAUUGUUUGGUUAGUGCCUAUUCAUUAUCAGUUAUUUAUUUAGCAGGAGUUAAAUUUGGAGACGGACAAGCAACUAUAUCGGGUUUAAUGAUAUCAUCAUGUUUUUUAAGUAUAUCAAAGGGAAAACCAUUAGAGCAAUUAUCUAAAAAAAGACCUCAAGAGGGAAUUUUUAAUAUAUAUAUAAUGGGAUCAAUUUUGGGGCAAUUUGCUAUUCAUAUUGUAUCAUUAAUUUACAUUACAACUGAGAUUUAUAAAUUAGAACCAAGAGAACCUCAAGUUAAUUUAGAAAAGGAAUUUGCGCCAUCAUUAUUGAAUACAGGUAUAUUUAUAAUACAGCUCUGGUUACAGGUUGUUACAUUUGCAGUGAACUAUAUUGGAGAGCCAUUUAGACAAAAUAUUCGUGAUAAUAGAGGAAUGUAUUGGGGUAUAUUAGGAUGUGGAUUUUUAGCAUUUGCCGGAGCCACUGAGUUUUUGCCGGAAAUGAAUGAAGCUAUAAAAUUUGUUCCAAUGGGACAAGAAUUUAAAACCAAGUUGGUGUUAACGAUGGUGUUUGAUUUUGGAGGAAGUUGGAUAAUUGAGAAUGUAUUGAAGUAUUUCUUUAUGGAUGACAAAUCAUCUGAUAUUGCGAUUCGUAGAGAAGAACAAGGAUCUGGAGAGAUUGAGAUUGAGAUUGAUGCUAAAGCAGAAAAACUUAUAGAAGGUAAUUAAAAAGUGUCAAGAAGUGUUAAGAAAUGUUAAGAAUUAUUAGAAAUUAUUGAAAAUUAUUGAAAAUUAUUAAGAGCAAUGAAAUCUAUUUGAUUAAAUUAGGAUAAAAUAGAAUAAAUUUAAUAAAGAAUAGGAUUUAAUUCAAUUUGGUU